UGGAAUCAAAGGGCACAGCGCAGUUGGAUCUUCAAUUCAUCCCCGACGGAGUUUUACAAAGAAAAGAGAGAGUGAAAACUCGCUGUUGGAUGGAUUAAUUGGUGAUUCGUCUUUUUAUUUGUCAACGCACCCUCAAUUACUCCAGCCAAGCUCUGACAGCAUGGACCUCCUGCCAGGUCUGUGGAGGCAUGAGUACUGGCUGCCUCCUGGGAUCACCUGGAGAGACAUGGAGCAGAUGCAGGAGUGUCCGCGACCCCGUGACCUGCUGUUCGCCUUGCCUCUGGCUCUAGGGUUCAUUGUCCUCCGUCUAGUAUUUGACAGGGUUGUGGCUCCCCCUUUGGGCAGAUGUGUGGGGUUGAGGAACAGACUACGCAUGGCUGUCGCUCCCUCCACGAAGCUUGAGUCAUUCUACACCCAACAAAACCGACAUCCAUCUCAGAGUGAUAUCAUCAGUCUAAUGGCACAAUGUGACAAAACCCAGAGACAAAUUGAGACCUGGUUCCGUCACCGCAGAAACCAAGACAGGCCCAGCUACACCAAGAGGUUCUGCGAGGCUUGUUGGAGGUUUUUCUUCUACCUCAUAGCUUUCCUAGCUGGACUCGCAACUUUGAUCAAUAAAUCCUGGUUUUGGGACCAGAGAGAAUGCUGGACAGGAUAUCCACAACAACCAAUUGAGAGGGCCCACUUCUGGUACUACCAGCUGGAGCUGGGCUUCUACCUCUCCCUGCUUCUCUGUGUCUCUGUGGACGUCAAGAGAAAAGAUUUCAAGGAGCAGGUGAUUCACCACAUUGCCACAAUCUUCCUGCUUGGUUUCUCCUACUGUUCCAACUAUGUACGGAUAGGUACUUUGGUGAUGCUGCUUCACGACUCCUCUGACUUCCUCCUAGAGUCUGCCAAGAUGUUCAACUAUGGCACGGGCUGGAGGAAGACGUGCGACACGUUGUUUGUCAUUUUUGCUGCUGUCUUCCUGGUGACUCGCCUGGUGGUGUUUCCCAGCAAAAUAAUCCACACAACCCUUGUGUUGUCCAUGGAAGUCUUUGAACCCUUUGCUGGCUACUACUUUUUCAACAUUCUUCUGAUGGUGCUACAAGCACUUCAUGUCUUCUGGGCCGUGUUAAUCCUACGGAUGGCCAACAAGUUUCUAUUCUUGGGCAAGCUGGAUAAAGAUGAACGCAGUGAUGAAGAGAGUGAGGAGGAGGAGGAUGACAAGGGAGAGGGGGAGGAGAAAGACGAAGAGGGGGAGUGUUGUUGGGAGAGAAGGAAAGAUGCCCUGAACUCCAAACUGAAAAUGCUGAGCAAAAGCUUUGUCUUAAACAACCUGACCAAUCACAGAGCUGCUAUUGUGAGCAAGAUGCGCAAAGCGAGGUAGAAUUAUGAACCUAGACAGAGUGAUUGUUUUCUGUCAACAAUUAAGUUACAUUAUAGACCAGUUCGGAUGGAGUACUUUUUCUCCAUCUGGCCUCUAUUCCUCUCCGCAUAGUCUACUUGAUAGCAAUUGGUCUGCCUAUUUCAGUCUUUUCAAGACUGGAAAACUCUGUAUGAAAGAGACUUGCUUUCACAUUUUGGCUACAGAUUAUUUGUUGAAUUAAGAGAUUCAUGCUUCAGUAUACUGAAUGUUUGUUACAAAAAGGUUUGAUAUCUCUGUAGGAAUUGUUUUGAGUGCAGUUUUUGUAAAUGUAAUUGUUUUGUAAUUCAACAUGUCGUUUUUCAACUAUAUAAUUGUAUUUCAUGGUCAAGAUUUAUAAUAGUGGGCUUAUUGUGAUGCUCCAGAGCUUUUGUAUAAUUUCAGCCAGUAAUUUAGAAAGUAUUGCUCAAGAGCCAAAACGGGUCCCCUAAAAUUGUGCACAAUGGUGUACUACGUCAUCCAAUUCGUACAAUAUGUUAUGAAUUUGUAAGUGAUACAUCUCUUCUCUUAACACGUAUGGACCCAGAAUCCAGCAUCUGACCAAUUACACAAGACUUUAGUUCUGGGUUUACCGAGGUUAGAGUAGGCUACACUGUUGUAAAUGAUAGGGCUAUACAACAGCUGUAAUGCAAUUGCAGAAAAACAGAUUUGACUCGUUUUGCAUGGAUCAAAUGUUGUAUCACCGAGUGUGAUUGGUGUUCUUUUCGUUUGACCAAUGUAUGACUUUUUUUUACCAAGACAUUGGUAAAAAGUAUGAUUUUGGAACAAUACAUGAUUUAAUUCACUGUAGUCCUGCUAUGCUAACGCUUUGCGUUUUCAAUAUUUAAUGAUCUUUUGCAUUGAAUUGACUCAAUUUACCUUUGGGCAGAGGGGUGCAGGUCAUUGUGUCAUAGCAAAUGCUUGGCCUAAUAGCGUCCUCUAAAUGGUGAAUAAACCUUCAUCAUUUUGGAAUGUAUAGGCCUACCUUCAGUAACUUUUGUCGUUUGGUUGAAACUUUUAAUCAUGUGAAAUGCAGUGUAUCAAUUGUUGCAUGACACAGAACUAGGGAUAAGUGUGUGUUGUUGGUAUGGUCCCACAGACGAGGCCUACCUGUUUUUAAAACCUCUACAGGAUCGGUGGGUCCCCCAUGGGACCGUUGAGCUAACGUCGGCUAAUGUGAUUAGCAUGAGGUUGUAAGUAACAAGAACAUUUCCCAGGACAUCGACAUAUCUGAUAUUGGCA